GAGAGAGAGCUUCUGCCGGUGGAGUUCACGCCGAGGCAGACGCCAUGGGGAUUACUCGCAGCAGCAAGUGACAGCAGACUCUGAUGAAGCGUCUGAAGAGCAUUUGAGUCUUGCCUUUCAGCCGCGUCGUUAUUCUCUUCAUUCACCGGAACACCCCAACAGCUCCGCCGUGGCUGCUGCUAAUUUGGACGGCGUUUGCGGGUUUCGAGUUCAGACGAUAAGCGACAGGAUGUACCAUGAAGACAACACAAGUUUACAAAAGCCACGUUAUGGAACCAUUCAGGAUGAUGAGAGGCUGUCGGCAGAGGAGAUGGAUGAGAGGAGACGACAGAACAUCGCCUAUGAAUAUCUGUGUCACUUGGAGGAAGCCAAACAGUGGAUGGAGGCCUGUCUGGAGGAGGACCUGCCUAACACCACAGAGCUGGAGGAGGGACUAAGGAAUGGUGUAUACCUUGGCAAACUUGCCAAGUUUUUUGCCCCCAAAAUGGUGUCUGAGAAGAGAAUCUACGACAGAGACCAGGCGCGAUACAAGAGCACAGGACUGCACUUCAGACACACAGACAACACAGUGCAGUGGCUGAGAGCCAUGGAGUCAGUGGGGCUGCCCAAGAUAUUCUAUCCAGAAACGACAGAUGUGUAUGAUCGCAAAAAUAUGCCCAAGGUGGUAUACUGCAUACAUGCACUGAGUUUAUAUCUGUACAAACUGGGCAUUGCUCCACAGAUCCAAGACCUACUGGGGAAAGUGGCCUUCACAGAGGAAGAGAUCAGUAACAUGAGGAGUGAGCUGGACAAGUAUGGUAUCCAAAUGCCUGCCUUUAGCAAGAUAGGAGGCAUCCUAGCCAAUGAGCUGUCAGUUGACGAGGCAGCCUUGCAUGCUGCUGUGAUCGUCAUCAAUGAGGCAGUAGACAAGGGCCAGGCAUCUGUGACGAUGGGUGCCCUGAUGAAUCCCAAUGCUAUGUUAAGAAACACGCAGGAGCAACUUGCCCAGGACUACCAGGAUACAUUGAGCCGUUCUAAGGCACACAAAGAGGAUCAGUGCUCAGGCAGGCGCUCCUCCAUUGCUACAGAGGAAAGGGAUGUUUAUGAGGAGCUGCUGACUCAGCAAGAAAUCCAGAGCUGCAUUGACCUUGUCAACAUCCAAGCAGCCGUGAGGCAGGUGACUCAAGCAGUGUUAGCCCAGGAUGAGGCCUGUCUGCUGGCAGGGCUCAGGUUGAAGGCCCUGGCUCUGUUGGGUGUUGAGGAGGCCAAUUCCCACUGGUACUUGGAACACUUUACCGCCUAUUGCCAAGGUGAAGCCAAGGACGGUGGGCAGGCUGUGUUGCUGGAGCGGGAGGAGAUCCAGAGAGUUGUCAGCUCCUGUAAUGACUUUGCUGAGGCGGAGAAACGAAAACAUGUGGCAGUUGCAGCAAUCAAUAAAGCCAUUCGUCUCGGCAAUGCUGUGGAGACUGUUGAUCAGCUGAUGAACCCUGAGGCUCAGAUGCCAAUUGUCUACCAAACCGCUGCCAACCUCUACCAGGCUGAGCUUUUCAGUUUACAACUACAGGGGGGAUGGUCUGGUCUGAGCCAUGAGGAGCUGAGUGUGGCUGUGGAGAUGUUGUCUGCUGUAGCGGUGUUGAAUGAGGUUCUGGAUACCAAAGACCCCCAGGCUAUCACUGAGCAGCUAACUGAUUCUCCUCUAGGCUUUAGCAACAUGGAUCAGGACAACCUCAACAGGUACACUGACACUUUGAUUAAGCUGCGAGCUGAGGCCCUUGCUCAGGGCCAGGAGUUCCUAACCUGGAACGAUGUCCAGAAGUCCAUUGACACAGUCAACAUUCAGAUUCAUGAAGAACACGAGCGCAUCAUAGCCAUAGCUGAGAUCAACGAAGCCCUGAAUUCAGGUGAUCAGCAGCAGACCUUGGCUGCCCUGCUCCUCCCUACAGCGAAACUGACAGGCGUGAAGCCAGCAACAGCGAAACACUACCAGGAUGUCCUCCAGUACUCAAAGUUCCUCCUGUGCCAGAGCUCUGGGGAUGAGUCAGCUGUACUAUGGCUGGACCAGAUCCAAGAGGCCAUACACACAGCCAACCAGGAUGAAGAGGAGGCUCUCAUAUUGGCUGGAGCAGUAGCAGAAAUCAACAAAAUGGUAAAAUUGGGGGACUCCCAGAACACACUUCAGGCCCUCCAAGCUCCAGUUGCAGGACUGAAAGGGGUGCUUCCUGAAUGUGAUGAUGUGUACCAGAAUGAACUGGCCCUGAGACAGACAAAUGCUUCUACUACAGGUACCAGUGAGAGUGUGUGGGUGAGGCACCACAUCAACGACAGGUAUAACUACUACUACAACCUUGUAAGUAGAGGGGGGACCUGGGAGGAACCAGAGGGAUUUCAACACAACGGCAGCCAGCUCAGUAAAGAGGAAAUCCAGAACGUUGUCUCUGGUGUGACAGCAGAGUACAACAGGGGACAGUUAUGGUUGGCCAAUGAACCUCUGGUGACCCAGCUGCAGGCAAGGAUCAGAGGUUACCUGGUUAGGAAAAAGCACACCCAGAGAAUGGAGUAUCUACAGCAACAAGAGCCACACGUGGUCAAACUACAGGCUUGCUGGAAAGGGUAUAAACAGAGGAAGAUGUACAAAGAUAGAAUAAAUGUUUUGCAAAACAAUGUGGCUUCUGUUGUCAAGAUCCAGUCCUUCGUGAAAAUGUGGAGAGCCAAAAAUAAAUACAGUCAGCGGUUGCAGUACUUUAAAGAGCAUGAGAAAGACAUAGUGAAGAUCCAGGCUUUCUUGAAGGCCAACAAAGCCAGAGAUGACUACAGAACACUCACUGGGGCCCAGGACCCUCCUCUCUCAGUAGUACGUAAGUUUGUCCACCUGCUGGAGCAGAGUACCCUGGACUUGCAGGAGGAGCAGGAAGUGACACGACUCAGAGAGGAAGUGGUCACAAAGAUUCGCUCCAAUCAGCAAAUGGAGAAAGACUUGAACCUAAUGGAUAUCAAGAUUGGCCUUCUCGUGAAGAACAGGAUAACUCUGCAGGAUGUUGUAUCCCAUAAUAAGAAAAUGAAGAACAAGAAAAGUAAGAUGAGUAAAGAGGAGCUGGUCGGUGGGGACAAACUGGGAAUCAAGGGCCUGAGCAAAGGCAAAAGAAGGAAAUUGGAGGCGUACCAGCACCUCUUCUACCUGCUGCAGGUGAGACGCUCAUCUGGAGGUAGAAUGUUGUCUGCAGUGGCAACUAAUCCUUCCUACCUCGCCAAGCUGAUCUUCCAGAUGCCCCAAAACAAGUCUACAAAGUUCAUGGACACUGUGAUCUUUACAUUGUAUAACUAUGCCUCCAACCAGAGAGAGGAGUACCUGCUACUCAAGCUCUUUAAGACUGCCCUGGAAGAAGAGAUCAAGUCCAAGGUGGACCAGGUCCAGGAAAUAGUGACAGGGAACCCUACUGUCAUCAAGAUGGUGGUGAGUUUUAAUCGAGGAGCUCGGGGUCAUAACACGCUCAGGCAGCUGCUUGCCCCCGUGGUCAAAGACAUCAUUGAGAACAAGAGCCUCGGCAUCAACACAAAUCCUGUAGAUGUUUACAAAGCCUGGGUCAACCAAUUAGAGACAGCUACUGGGGAAGCCAGUAAGCUGCCCUAUGAGGUGACUCCCGAACAGGCCAUGUCACACGAGGAAGUUCGCAACAGACUGGAAGCCUCUAGCCUGGCUCUGCGGUCUGCCACAGACAAAGUUCUCAAUUCCAUUGUGUCUUCAUUAGAUAACAUUCCUUAUGGCAUGAGGUACAUGGCAAAAGUUCUGAAGAACAGCCUCCAUGAAAAGUUCCCAGAUGCCACAGAGGAUGAGCUGCUGAAGAUUGUCGGAAACUUGCUUUACUACCGCUACAUGAACCCAGCCAUCGUGGCACCUGACGGUUUCGACAUUAUCGAUUUUUCGGCUGGAGGACAGCUUCACUCAGACCAGCGCCGUAACCUGGGCUCAGUGGCAAAGAUGCUUCAGCACGCUGCUGCCAAUAAGCUGUUUGAGGGGGAGAAUGCACACAUGACACCAAUGAACAACUACAUCUCACAGACCUAUGAGAGGUUCAGGGUAUUUUUCCAAGCGGCCUGUGAUGUCCCUGAACCUGAGGAAAAGUUUAAUGUGGAUGAAUAUUCGGACAUGGUGACCCUUAGUAAGCCCAUCAUCUAUAUCUCGAUUGAGGAAAUCAUCAACACUCACUCGCUGUUGCUGGAGCACCUGGAGGCCAUCUCUCCUGACCACCAUGACCCGCUGCAGGAGCUCCUGCAGGACCUGGGAGACGCUCCUGAUGUGGAGGCGUUGCUCGGGGAAGGAGCGGUGGAUCCCAAUGACCCCAACAAAGAGAGUACCCUGAGCCAGCUAGCCAAGACGGAAAUCUCCCUCACCCUGACCAGCAAGUUUGAGCUGCUAGAAGGGGAUGACAAAGACUUGAAGACUCUAAUGACAAAGACUAAGAAGUUAAUCGUGGAUGUGGUUCGGAUCCAGGCCGGAGACUCUCUGCUAGUAACUCUGGAGACCCCAGCGACUACCCUACAGGAGACUGAGCAUGCUAAGAUUGUAGAGCGACGUGCAGUCCAGGAUGCCCAGACCCCAGAGGGUUUGAAGGCCAGCCAGGUGGUACUGGAGGACAGUCAGUUGCCUCUGGAGCAGAAGAAGAGAAAGAUCCUCAGGAACCUUCGUACCCUGGAGCAGGCUGGGUUCAUCACUGCUUGCAACAAGUACCAGGAUAUCAUCAAUGAUAUAUCAAAGGACAUACGCUACCAAAGACGCUACAGACAGAGGAGGAAGGCAGAACUCGUGAAGCUCCAGCAGACACUGAUGGCACUGAACUCCAAGACGGCAUUCUACCAGGACCAGAUGAACUAUUAUGAUACCUACAUCAAGACCUGCCUAGAUAACCUCAACAGGAAAAAUUCACGCAGGUCCAUCAAGCUGGACAGCAAAGGUGAGGAGAAGGGCAGUAAGAAGUGGAAACAGCAGUCUCUUAAGUACACGGCCGCCAGGCUCCAUGAGAAGGGAGUCAUCCUGGAAAUAGAAGGACUGCAGACAAACCAGUUCAAAAAUGUCAUGUUUGACAUCUCACCCAGUGAGGAAGUUGGGGAUUUUGAAGUGAAGGCUAAGUUUAUGGGAGUCGAGAUGGAAAAGGUCCAGCUUCAUUUCCAGGACCUCCUUCAGCUGCAGUACGACGGAGUAGCUGUCAUGAAGAUGUUUGACAAGGCCAAAGUGAAUGUUAACCUGCUCAUCUUCCUCCUCAAUAAGAAAUUUUAUGGCAAAUGAAGAAAGGACAAUAAGAGGAGAGGGGAGAGGAUUGUGCCUUCUGACAGAGUAGUGUGUGAAGAAAUUCAUAUUGGGGAAUGGUGCAAGGCUUACGUUUGCCCAGUGAUGAUUUGUCACUUUAAAGCACAACAAUCACCCGUCUGGUGAAGCCCACUGACAAUGUUUCCACUCACCUGGCAGUGAUUCCAUUGUUCACCUUAAACCAAAAUUAAAAGUCUAGCUAGUUUCGUAUAUUGUCUAAUUAAAUGUAUCAGUUUGUCUGUUUUUUCCACAGGGUGAUUGUACAUGGAAUAUAUUUUUAAUAAUUGUAAUAAUGUUUGUUUUAUUUGGAGACGAUGCUAGGAAAAAAAACCUUGUUACUGUUUUCUUGUAUAAAGGACAAAGUCUUGAUUAAAUCCCAAAUGAUGGAAUAUACAGAAGACUGGUUUUGCUAUGAGAUCUAAUGAGGGAGUUUGUAGUGACCUUCCAGCCCAGCUAACCUUCAUGGACCUCAGUGCAGCUUACCAGUGCCUUUUAUUCAGGACAUAUUCCAACACAGACAUUUUAAAAACUACAAUUGACUUUUCUUUGACUCUAUAUAUAUAUAUAUAUGUAUAUUUAUAUAUAUAUGUAUUACCAAAGUAUACAAUAUACAAAUGGAACAAAUUUUAAUGAGGUGCUAAAUAAAUCAUAAA